AUGUGCCCGAUCGCGCCGACCUGGCGACGGAGGGCCACCAUCCCCGGCAUACUGCUGCUGCUGUCGUGGGUGGCGGGCGCGGCGGAGGGCUGUCCGAGCAUGUGCGUGUGUAAAUGGAAGGGUGGGAAGGAGUGGGUGGAGUGUGCAAACCGCGGCCUCAAGGGGUUACCGCAGGGCGCCCGGGAGGAAACGCAGGUGCUCGACCUAUCGGACAAUCAUCUAGUCAGUCUGCUGCCGGAGUGCUUCCACGCCCUCGGUCUGAUCAAUCUCCAGCGGCUCUACCUCGGCAGGUCUCAUAUCAGCCGUAUCGCCGCGGAGGCGUUCGUCGGCCUGGUUGGCUUGGUGGAGCUCGACCUUUCGGAGAAUCUGAUCGAGGAGGUGCCCACGAACACAUUCGGCUCCUACCCGAGCCUGAUGAGGCUCAUACUGAACGGUAAUCCGAUCAGGGAGAUUCGCCAGGGCGCGUUUCGCCGGCUGAUUCAGCUCACCACACUGGAGAUCAGCGGUUGCAUGGUGGAGGUGGUCGAGCAGGACGCCUUCGAAGGUCUGCAGUCGCUCGAAUGGCUCCGGCUGAACGGCAACAGACUCGGCCACGUGCCUGAUCACACACUGCCGUUCGGGGGUAACCUCCGGGGAUUGACUCUGCACAACAAUCCGUGGCAGUGCGACUGCCGGCUGAGAGUUAUGCAAGCCUGGCUGAAGGAAUCGGCGGCGGCCGCCCCGCAGCAAUCCGAGCCCGUCUGCGAUUCACCGGCGAGGCUGCGCGGCCGGCAGAUCAAGGCGCUUAAAAUCAACGAGCUGGCCUGCCUGCCGCGUAUCGACAUUCAGGAUCAUCUGGAGGUCUACGAAGGUGGGAACGUCACUCUACGCUGCGACGUAUACGCGAUACCGAGCGCCAAGGUAAUAUGGUGGUUCAACGGGGGACCGUGCGAGCUGCAGCACGAGAACAACUCCUUGGCGAACGGCGCUUCCGCGUCUUCGAGGUGCGUCUAUCGGGAGCGAGGUGGGACCAACGUAAGCAGCACCCUGUUUCUUUACUCGGUCGAGACGUUCAACGAGGGCACCUACAGCUGCGUCGCGGAGAACAGCGCGGGUUCCGCGGAAGCGAAUCUCUCCCUGCGCGUGCUCUUCCGCGAGAAGCCGACCGUGGAGCCGCCGUACGACAAUCCCGGGUCCGGCUACGUCGCGGCGAUAGCAGCCGGUGCGCUGGUGGGCACCCUCUUCGCCCUCGGUUGCCUGGUGGGCAGUGUGAUAUACUGCGCGAGGAAGCGCCGUCGCGACCGCAAGCGGAAUUCCAAGGCGCUGGUGACGCAGAGCAAGUCGGUACUGCCGAUCACGAAGGACACCACCAGCGGGGUGUCCUGCCGCAAGGGCAACGGCAGCCUGAUCGGCCUGGAGCAUCAGCAGAUGGUCUCCUACACCGAGCGCGAGAUGAACCGAGCGACCACUCUCGAGCGCCUCGAACACUCCAGGAACAACCUGGACAGAGACGCCUAUCUGGCCAGUCCAGUCGCCAAGUACCUGACCGAACCGGAUCUGAUCAAUGAGGUGCCCGAGAGCACCGAGGUGGGCUACGGCCAACUGUACGGGCGGCAUCAUCAGCGCGCCGGCGCCGGCGACCGACAGAUACUGGAAUACGAUUCCGGAUACCCGCUGCAGCCCGACUUGAGACCACCGCCGGUCCUCCCGCAAGUCAACUACCUCGACCAGGACGGAUACCCCUUGAACUUCGGCCUGCCGAAAAUUUCCUUCAGCACCGCCAGCACCUUACCGAGGCUCCGGCAGAGGAUGACGGAGGGCUCGGCCGCCGCGCCUCCGGCCAGGUACUCCCGGGAAGCGGAGUUCCUAGCGAGAUCGCCGGGAUACGACCCUGUUUUAUCGAGGACCGACGCCAGGUACACCAUCGAGGGCUACCCGUAUCCGAUACAUCAGCAUCAACAUCAGCUUCAGCAGCAUCAACAUCAGCAACAAGCGCAGCAGCAGUCGCAGCAGACGAUUCAACCGGUCGAGCAGCCGAUUCAGCAGCAGUUGCCGGUGUCGCCGGUCUCACCGGUCGCCAUGUUCCCGGAAGUACCCUUCAUACCGUCACCGCCGGCAGCUUACAGAGGCGAGACCACCCCGUUGUCCCCGAGGUCCCUCCUGGGCAAGACCGCGCGCGAGGCCGCGGCUGCGGCCGUCGCGCGUGCCGAGGAGCUCCAACCGCCGAAUCACCCGGAGAGUCCUGAUGAAGGCUACGUGGGGGACGCUAUGGACGUCUGAAAGCUUCGUGACGACGAGGGAAACGAGUAGAUCUGAAGAGCGCGCGGCGAAUAUGUGUAGUGAACGAGGUACCCGGAACUUUUCACGUAUCGUUCAAGUUUCGUGAACAAUACGGCCGGCUUUCGAUUCCUCCACGACUCUACCUCGAAGAGAAUGAAGAGAGAGAGAGAGAGGGAAGGAGGAAUUUCUCGGACCGAUAAAACCCUGUGAAAAGUGUAACGCCAUUCAAGUUUUCCGGUAGUGGGGUAGUUAGUCUCUCGACGACUGCACGCUGAUCUUCCUCGAAGAAUCCUCGCCGUCAUUUACUGCCUCGUCUUGAUUGAAAACGGUGCCACCGAAGAGAGAGAGAGAGAGAGAGAGAGAACAAAGUGAUUUAUAUGCAUCGCACAAAUACUUCGGAACCGUUUUAAUCUCAUUCCAAGUAUGACAGAAGGAAACAGAAGAAACGAAGAAAAUUCAUUCGCGGGAAACGAAGCGUUCAAGCAAGUUCCCGUGCACGAAACACGCGUUUUCGAGUAAGCGAAACACCGCGAUUCUCGCGUGAAAAGGAAAUCCGUUCCCGAUUUGAUACCUGGGCAUUUCUGUGGAAACGCUCUGAGGUAAUUCUUACGAAUUUCUCGCGCGUCUCUCAGACGUCGACAAGUGCGACGGUCUUAACGAAGCUACUGCGAACGAGCCGAAUUACCAUUCGAGGAGGGAAUCUGUACCCGUCACACAUCAGCAGAUUAAUUCGCGAGGGAUAACAGGGUCCAGGAUGUGAUUGGCGGAACAGAGCCGCCCGAGACGGCGCGAACAAAGGACUUGUUCCGGCGGUGGGACGUAAUAGAUUAAUCAGAAGGCAU